AAGAAUAAUUCAAAUGACCAUGAUUUGCAGCAUCUUCAAAAUUCAAAAAUUCAAGAAAAAAAAAACAAUAACAAAGAAAAUCAAAUAAUAGACAAAACUACCAAAUCGAUGGUGAAUACUAAAAACUGAACAAACUUUUGAACUCUCUUGAGUCUGCCUCGUUCUCAAUUCGCCAACUCCAUUAACACUCAAUGCAGGAUCAACAGCAGCAGCAGCAGCAGCAGCAGCAUCUACACCGGAGCUCAUGCAAACGAGGCCUCUGCCUCCGCUCGAUCCUCUUGCACUCACUCUGGAUCACCGUGGUUGGCGUCUUCCUCUUUCGCCUCGCCACUGCCAACACUCAGAACGUCGUUUACGUGCAGAUAUUGGCCGUCUCUGGUGUCACAUUAGCAACGGUUCCCUGGAUAAUACAGCUUUUGGUCGCAACCGUGCUCAUCUUGCUCUAUAAUGCAGGAGGGCGAGAUCUCCUGUGGAUCGUGGAAUCAGGACUCGCGGAGGAGAAACCAUGUGGUGAAGGCCCGACGAAAGGAAGAGUUUUGAUUCGGACGUGCAACUGUACUGAACGGCAAAGUGUUCAUUGGCCUCAAAGGAAUACAAUUUGCGACGGCUCUCACAUGCUUGUGCGAGUUGAUGGCAGAGUUGGUCCUCAACUACAGAGAAACAGAACUGUUUGA